AUGAGAUCUGUCUUUGCGCAGUGUUACCGGCUUUGUGGGAGAUCUAGUGGAGCUAGCAAUUUCUCUUCACCGCCUAAGGCGAAUGGAGCCGGAGAUACAAUUGGCGUAUUGCUCUUCCGUCCAGUUCCAAUCACUUCUUAUUUUACGGAUUUUUCGUCUGUUUUCAAGGAAUGUGCGAAGCAAGGAGCAUUAGAGCUAGGCAAGCAAGCUCAUGCUCAUAUGAUACUAUCUGGGUUUCGUCCGACUACAUACGUGUUGAAUUGUUUGCUACAAGUUUACACAAAUUCUAGAGAUUUUGUGUUUGCUUCUAUGUUGUUCGACAAAAUGACUCUUAGAGAUGUUGUUUCGUGGAUUACAAUGAUAAAUGGAUAUGGGAAGAGUAAGGACAUGGAUAAAGCGACUUCUUUCUUCGAUUUGAUGCCUGUGAGAGAUGUUGUGUCAUGGAAUUCAAUGCUUUCUGGGUAUUUGCAGAAUGGUGAGAGUUUGAAAUGUAUUGAGAUUUUCGUUGACAUGGGGAGACAAGGUAUUGAGUUUGACGGUAGAACUUUUGCCAUCAUCUUGAAAUGCAUUGUGAGAUAUUAUGCAAAAUGCAAGAGAUUUGACGAGUCGCUUAGAGUGUUUCAAUGUAUUCCAGAGAAGAACUCUGUCCCGUGGAGUGCUAUAGUCGCGGGUUGUGUUCAGAACAACUUCUUGUCCCUUGCUUUGAAGCUGUUCAAGGAGAUGCAAACGGUAAAUGGUGGAGUGAGCCAGUCCAUUUAUGCUAGCAUCUUGAGGUCAUGCGCUGUAUUGUCCGAAUUGAGAUUAGGUGGUCAGUUACAUGCUCAUGCCUUAAAGUCAGAUUUUGCAGCAGAUGGUAUAGUGACAACGGCGAUGUUAGAUAUGUACGCAAAGUGUGACAGUAUGCAAGAUGCUCAAAUUUUGUUUGACAAGUCAGAAAAUCUUAAUCGACAAUCUUAUAAUGCAAUGAUUACUGGUUAUUCGCAGGAAGAACAUGGUUUCAAAGUUCUACUGUUGUUUCACCGACUCAUGUCAUUGGGUCUUGGUUUCGACGAAAUAAGUUUAUCAGGAGUGUUCAGGGCUUGUGCCUUGGUGAAAGGUCUUUCAGAGGGGCUUCAAGUUUACGGUUUGGCGAUAAAAAGCAACUUAUCGGUAGAUGUUUGCGUUGCAAAUGCUGCUAUUGACAUGUAUGGGAAAUGUCAAGCUAUGGGUGAAGCCUUCGUGUAUUCGAUGAGAUGA